UCUAAGCAGAGGAGGAAACUCUGGCUGGGGCAGUGCGCGGAGCUUCAGCGGUGGGUAAGGAACAGCGGCUGGAAAGGGCAGCUCCGGCGGCGACAGAAGCAGCAGCACGACAGGCAACACAAUAGAAGCCACGACAGAAGGGAGCCCUCGGUCCUCUCCCGUAAACACAUUCCCCUGUACUUCCACCGCCAGCUCCACCUCCGCGCUGCGCGUCGCCCUGCCUGGCGCCCGAGGCCGCUUGAACUGCUAUGUAACCGGGAGCCUGCGGGAGGAAGGGGACUUGGGGAGAAGAGGUUCGCCCGCAGUAGCCAGCGGGGACCAAGUUGGCAGUCACUUUUGCACUCGCCCUCCCUUAGCCCUCGUCCGCCCCUUCCUACAGCCCAGCUGGCGGGGGUGCCCUUGGCUCCCUCGCGCACUCAGCAGUCGCGGUUCCUGGCGACCAUGGUGACAGUGGAGGAGCUGCGGGAGAUGGACUGCAGCGUGCUCAAAAGGUUGAUGAACCGGGACGAGAGCGGCGGCGGUGGCGCUAGCGGCGGUGGCAGCCACGGCGCUCUGGGGCUGCUGAGCGGCGGCAAGUGCCUGCUUCUAGACUGCAGACCGUUCCUGGCGCACAGCGCGGGCUACAUCCGAGGCUCGGUCAACGUGCGCUGCAACACCAUCGUGCGGCGGCGGGCCAAAGGCUCCGUGAGCCUGGAGCAGAUCUUGCCCGCCGAGGAAGAGGUGCGCGCCCGCCUGCGCUCCGGCCUCUACUCGGCGGUCAUCGUCUACGACGAGCGCAGCCCUCGCGCAGAGAGCCUCCGAGAAGACAGCACCGUAUCACUAGUGGUGCAGGCGCUGCGCCGCAACGCCGAGCGCACCGACAUCUGCCUGCUCAAAGGUGGCUACGAGAGGUUUUCCUCCGAGUACCCAGAAUUCUGCUCCAAAACCAAGGCCUUGGUGGCCAUCCCGCCCCCUGUGCCCCCAAGCACUGGGGAGUCCUUGGACCUGGGCUGCAGCUCCUGUGGGACCCCCCUGCAUGACCAGGGGGGCCCCGUGGAGAUCCUCCCCUUCCUCUUCCUCGGCAGUGCCCACCAUGCUGCCCGGAGGGACAUGCUGGACGUCAUGGGCAUCACGGCCCUGCUCAAUGUCUCCUCGGACUGCCCGAACCACUUUGAGGGACACUAUCAGUACAAGUGCAUCCCGGUGGAAGACAACCACAAGGCUGACAUCAGCUCCUGGUUCAUGGAGGCCAUCGAGUACAUCGACGCGGUGAAGGACUGCCGCGGUCGGGUGCUAGUGCACUGCCAGGCCGGCAUCUCUCGCUCAGCCACCAUCUGCCUGGCCUACCUGAUGAUGAAGAAGAGGGUGAGGCUGGAGGAGGCCUUCGAGUUCGUCAAGCAGCGCCGGAGCAUCAUCUCUCCCAACUUCAGCUUCAUGGGGCAGCUGCUGCAGUUCGAGUCCCAGGUGCUGGCCACGUCCUGUGCGGUGGAGGCCGCCAGCCCGUCCGGGCCCCUGCGGGAGCGGGGCAAAGCCACCCCGACCCCCACCUCGCAGUUCGUCUUCAGCUUCCCCGUGUCUGUGGGCGUGCACUCGGCCCCCAGCAGCUUGCCGUACCUGCACAGCCCCAUCACCACCUCCCCCAGCUGUUAGAGCAGUUCUCGGGACCCCCAGAGCCAGAGUGGGUUGGCUACCAGCAAGGGGUGGGCCAUGUGUGGGCAGCAGGCCGGGACUGACCAGCCGGGGGCAGGUGACCGAGCUCUCCACUUCUCCUCGACCAACCGCGGGGCCAGCCAGAAUGGCAAUAACGGACUUGGAAGACAUAUUAAAAGCAAACAAAACACUCCAACGUAGAGCAAUAACGGCUGCCUCCACGGCCAGGGAAUACCUUGGUUUGGUUUGCGUCAGUUUUCCUUUUUAAGAUAGAAAUUUCUUACCUCAUUUUUUUAAGCAGCGAGGCUUGAAGUUAUAAAAUCCAUAGAUCCUGGCAAAUGUGCCCGACCAGUUUUGUUUUGUUUUGUUUUGUUUGGGGGGGGCAGGGGUGAUAAAAAGAAAACCAGUUUCCCAGAAGUGCCUGGUUUUGUGUUCUUGUUCCUUUUGUGUUGUUGUGGUAGUUACAGGAAUUUUGUUUUUUGAAGAAAUCUUUUAGGACAUGGUUUUCAUUUCUAAGUCACCAAUAGGUGAAUGAUUAUGCUUAAUAAUAAAUAAAAGUAUUUAUUAAGAAUUUCCUCAGAGUAUGUAAAUACCAGGAGCCUAGCGACAGUGGGUUUAGAAUCUGCUUAUGUUGGCGUCAAACAAUGGAGCACAACAGCAUGCAGAUGUCAAAGCAGCUAGGAACUCAGUGAUUUCUCAUAGGUAGUAGGUAGAGAUGAGCCUGCGAUCAGCUAGCAUUUGUUGCCCCUGAGAAGCAGGCAGUGGGAUGGGAGGAGGAUGCAAGGAAAGGGCCUACUUUUUAAUUUUCAAAGCUGGUUCCUGAGUCCAAAGACCACUGAAGCUAUUUUAAACUACAAUAUGACCUUUCCUCUCCAGUGAUCAAUAAUUCUAUUAGGUGGUGGGAACAUUUUUUUCACAGGCCUGCCCAAGACCUGUCACCUGUGACAAAUGCCAUAUCAUAUAAGGUGCUUCUGAAAAAUUGGGUGCAAUUUGGAUUUUCCUACUGUGAAUCAUUUGGCAAGGCCAUUGGGGAAACCAGCUUAACUAGAGACAUAACUAAAAUUAAUCCUUUGGUAAGUUGAAGCACCAUUUUUUAACUCUUUUGCCCAAAUCUGAGUGUUUGAAAUGAAGUAUACCAAGAGAUUCUCGCAUCCUUUUAAUUCUCGGCUUAGGUGAAUAUUUUCAUGUCCCCUUUUGAAUAGAAAGAGGGGAGUGGACACCACGUUUCUGGUUCCUUGAGGUCCAGAAAGCCAGGAGAGCCUCAGUGAGGGAGGGUCAGGGCAGACUCCUUGCGAAGGGGCUAGCUGCUCUCAGGAACCAUUAGAGGGCCCUUUCUGGGGAUAAUGACAUUUUAAGAGGGCUUUCCAAAUGGAGGAGUGGCUUUUGGAGGGAGAAGGGUACAUUUUCUGUGGGGUGGGGGGAGGGAAGAGGGAACAAGCUACUUGUUGACUUCAUUUGUCGUGUUGUGGAACUGUGUUACUGUGGAGUGCCAGAUUAGAGGUAAUCGCAAAUUUGUCUAUAAAUGAGAGCAUGUUUUUUUUGUUUGUUUGUUUUUGUUUUGUGUUAGCCCUAAAAGAGUCUAGAGCUAAAUGAACCUUCUUGCUCACCCAUCAGUAACUUCAAGCCUCAGUGUCAGAAUAGUGUUGGAAUGCUCUUUUUCUUCCUGGCAUCCCAGACAGGACCGGGUUCGUUACAUUUCCUUCCAUGAACCGUGAACUAGUGUCGGCCUCAUUUGUCCUGCCUUUGUCAAGCCCUGCCUCUGGAUGAAGCCAGAGUUCCUCCUGCUUUCUGCCUGUAGAAAAGCCAGAGAUUCCCUCCGACCCCUGGUUGCUGCUUGGCUCAAUAGUUAAGGGUGAGGCGUGGCAGGGUUAACGGGCUCCUGGAGAAUGGGCCCAUUAGAGACGGCACAGUUGGACAGUCUCACAUUUUCCUUGAUUCCUGGAAGUCCCUUCAUGUUUUGUGAUGAGUGAGGUCAAAUGGGUCCUGCAGCUGAAAAAGCUUUGGCUUCCAGUAGCAGACAGGCAGGGAGCAGGGGCCUCUUGGGGUAGGGGGAAAGCAGCCUGGAGAACAGAUCACUUUUUAUGAAUGAGUGUCCAUUUGCCAAAAGUUAUGCAUCCUGCUUCCCUAGAUUGGAAUUUCAACCACAUGAAUGGUUGGGACUCGGGAUGAGUCCAGACAUGUUUCCGCCCUGCUUUCCAAUUCAAGUCUUCUACCACAAUGACAAACAAUUGCUUUAAAGAUAUUUUCUCUGUACUUGACAAUAGUGAGAGUCCCCAAACUCCUAGAAAUAAUGUAGGAAAGUGACUUGAUCAGAAAGGGGCACUCUGUUGUUCUCCCAUGCCUCACUGAUGUCUUGGAAUAGCGCUAACGAAGGCAAAACCACAAGGUCGAUCCAAAUGGCUGGUGAGUUUCACUGGGCAUUCCUCCCGCCAAAUGAUUUCUGUGCAAUUGGCUGAAAGCAUUGCUGCUUUCACUGGUUGGUCUUCCACUGGUUGAUAACCAGGGAAGUUAUCACAAGUUGUUAACUUUGCUGUUGUUCCAAGAGGUCAACAAAUUCACCGGCUAUUCUAUAGAGACUGGAGAAUGCUACAGAUUGCCUCCUGAAUCUUGUCUGUCCCAAGGGUGUUUGUGGAGGAGCACUGGGGAGCUGGCCCACCUCUCCACCAGAGCAGCAUUCAGCUGAAGCCACGGUGAGCAGAUCGGUGGCACCCAGCUUCAGUCAUUUCCUCCUGAAGCCAUUUUUCUCAGGUGCUCAUUCCAUCCAGAUUCUAGAGAGUUUUCAUCAGGCUUGGGACACCGUGAGAAUAUUUUGGAGAUCCUUGGGCAGAUGGACAGACAGGUAGGAUGGUUGUUUCGAAAGUAAGGGGAAAGGGGCUGGAGAUAGGGGUUGACCAAGGAUCGCAAAGUACUUUGUGGUAUUAAAUGAGUGUCACCUGUUAGAAUCACUUGGGGAGCUCUCGAAAACCCUGACCAUCCCAGACCCAGGCAUCGGUAGGUCUCAAAGCUCCCCAGGUGCUUUUGAUGUGCAGCCAAGUUCAGCCAAGUUCGGGAAUCGGCCUUGGUUUUUGCAUGGUGAGGUGCCUUGGUAACAGAGACAGCUUGUCCCAGGAACCACAGCCAUGGUUUUCUCACUGGCUCAGCCUGGCUGAGGGCCAAGGUGAUCUCCUGGGAACUCCCCAAGGCGUGUGAGGUCCCCUGAAUUGGGCACCCUUCUCUUGCUCCUUGAAAAUCACUUAAUCUUCCACGGAGCAUCAUUAGGUAACUGAAUCCAGUGUCUACAUGUUGAUGUUUUCCUUGAAGCUUUCAUUGUCCACUGAGAAAGACAGGGAGUCUCAGUUCCUUGAGGGUCCCCCCACCCCCUAGAGCACCCUGCCCUUUCUUAGAGCUUGUCAUACAAGGAAGAGACUUCUUAAAAGACAGAGCAAUGCAAUACUUGUAACUUUUGUAAAUAGCCUCAUCUUUCAGAGUGAUGCCAUUUCUACAUUUGAUAUGCCUGUAUUUCUGUAGGAUGUAUAUAGUUUAAGGGAAUUAUGUUUGGUUUGUUUUUUUUUUAGAAAAGCCGACAUGUCUGUUUUUAUUUAUUGCUUGAAAAAGAUCAU